GUUGACGAGUUCGCGUUUUCAAGACACCGUCGAUUAUGAUCGGCAUCUCAUAAAAGAAUAUUUCAACUUGAAUCGAUCGCUAAUAUCAUCAAAUUCAAUUUACGGCAUCACGUGCUUACAGGUAGUAAUAACGGUCGAAUUCAUUUAAAUUACCUUAAGUUUACCGGCUAAUUUUUCAUCUCAGCUAUAUCGAGAUUAAUCAUGAAACGGAGUGUGCCGCCUGUCUUGGGUAAAGAAAAAAUGCUGUCAGCGAGACAUUUUGCGGAGAGGAAUUCCCGAGGAAAUUCCUGUGAGAAAGGUUUCUCAUUAGAAUCAACAGAGGUGGGUCUCGAAUUCGAUUUUACCAGAGGAAGGACGUUGAACGAGUCGCGAAAUGAUGAAAGUAAUGGACACACCGACGGAUCCUCUGAUUCCACGAGAACUUCAUCAUCCAGUACUCGAGACGAGAAUAACAACCUAGAAAACUGGAACAGAGUCGGGAAUAACUCGAAGACGGAAGAUAAUCACCCCGAAAAUUUAAGACCGGACUUUGCGUUACCCGACAUUGCAAAAUUGAGAAUAAAUUCCGACUUUGGAGUGGAGACUUUGGAAUUAGGCAGACUGACUUUGGACAGCGAUUGCGAGUCAGUUGGUACUUUGCAAAAAGUUUCUGCAGAAAAGUCGCCGAAGGAUAACGAGCAAUUGAUAGGAGUCGUAAUUUCGGUAGCAAGAGUAACGGGAUUGAUAGUAGUAAAGCCACCGAUUCCCUACGACGUUUUGCUGUACAUUGGGUCACCAGUUUUUGUACGAAAAUUCUACGCUGCGGGUCUUGUUCCUGCAGAACUGGUCGAGAUCGGAUGGGUAACGGACAUAUUUGGUCCUGCGUGCGAACCAUAUUAUUGCAUAAAGUCGGCGGAUAACUGCAUCGAAUUGACGAGCGAAGGAACUCAGCUCUACUAUUCUUUGAAUCAUCCGCUCACGGGAUUCGUGCGUCUCAAGCGUGAGGAAAAUAAGCGGUACACUGUUCUGUACUCACCUGGAUCAAAUUCGCCCGAGGAUCUGCAAAAUGGCCGUCCGAUCGACCGUGAUUGGAACGCAGAUGACGCUGGGCGACAUUCUCGAUAUCGUAGAUAUCGGCGUCGUGGUAAUGGGAAACGAGGAGCUUUGGAUUAUAGAAAUAGAUACCGAUACGGUAUGCAAGCGCAACCAAAGCACACGUACUUUGAUUUCUAGGGGAAUGAUGUGCAGAAU